GCAACGGCACGUAUACACGGUGGUUUACGGGCAGGGAGCUGAAGUUGUAUUUUUACAGUGAGCGGCUGAAAGGAAAAAGCUAAUGCUUUAAACAUCGGUGAGCAGACACUCAGCAUCUCCUCCAGACUCUGGACAAGGUUGGCCAGCUCACUGCAGCAUUAAAUCACGUUUUGAAAGCACGGGUCGAGUCUGUGCGGGGACUGGGAGCCGCCGUCGCAGUCAAGGAGCUCCUGUCCUGACUUGGCUGUGAGGACGAAACACCAGUCAGCUACACGCCCUGACAAGAGUCUAAGAUGCCCUAGGCCGGGAGGAGGGAAAUGUAAAUGGCUUCCAAAGUAAAAGAUGCUGUGGUGUGGUACCAGAAAAAGAUUGGCGCCUAUGAUCAACAGAUAUGGGAGAAAUCAGUGGAGCAGCGAGAAAUAAAGUUUAUUUCUCUGGGCUUGAGAAACAAGCCAAAGAAGACAGGACAUGUCAAACCAGACCUUAUAGAUGUGGACUUGGUUAGAGGUUCGGCGUUUGCCAAGGCCAAACCAGAGAGUCCAUGGACGUCACUGACGCGUAAAGGCAUUGUCAGAGUCGUCUUCUUCCCGUUCUUUUACCGAUGGUGGAUCCAGGUCACCUCCAGAGCCAUUUUCCUCUUACUGCUGGCUCUCUACCUGUUGCAAGUGGCAGCAGCGGUCCUGUAUGUGACCAUCCCCCAGCCUCAUGGGAUACCAACCACCGAGGUGUUUGGAGCCAUCUGGCUCAUGUUGCUGCUGGGCACCGUCCACUGUCAGAUCGUCUCCACCAGGACCCCGAAACCUGCCUCCAGCAGCGGAGGGAAGAGGCGCAGGAAGUUGAGGAAGGCAUCUCAGAUGGAGGUGCAUAGGGAAGGCGACGGGUCUAGCACUACCGAUAACACACAGGAGGGGGCGCCACACUCCCACUCAGCCAGCACCACAUACAGCCUGGGCGCUCUCUUCCAAGAUUUCUGGCAUGAUAUCUGUAAAGCUGGAUCUAAGAAGUCCAAACUAUCCAUCGACAAGUCGACGGAGACAGACAACGGCUACGUGUCGCUGGACGGCCGGGUGACCAAUCGCAGCAGCGAGGAGGGGCUUCAGCUCCACGAACAGAGAUGCGAUUCAUUAAACAGAGGGGAGGAGGUGUGCUGGAACUCUCACGUCCAGCCGGCACACGCUCACACACCCCGCAGCACGGGGCUGUUGCUGGCGAGCAGCAACAAGGAGCCAGCGUCAGAUGAGGCGUCCAGUGAGGAGGACCCUGAAGCAUCCUACAGCGCCCUCCGCAGGGGAGUGGAAAGAAUGAACAGCGACUGUACGCUCAGAAACCGCAAGAAUACACACCACUACAAGAAACACUAUGCUGUGGAGGAUGUCCCUAAGUCUGGCACCAGCUGCAGCUCCAGAUGUUCCAGUCUGAGGACUCAGGACUCAGAGAGCACUCGACAUGAGUCCGAGACAGAGGACCUGAUGUGGGAAGACUUCCUGCACUGUGCCGAGUGCAGAUCAUCCUGCACCUCAGAGACAGAGGGAGAAGGAGGAGGGACGCCUGUCUGUCCCCCUGCGAAAAAGGAAUACAGAGACGACCCUUUCCAUCAGGGUCACGUUCCCUGGCUGCACAGCUCCAACCCUGGUUUGGAGAGAGUGAGCGCCAUCGUGUGGGAGGGAAACGAGUGUAAGAAGGCCGACAUGUCCGUCCUGGAGAUCAGCGGCAUGAUCAUGAACAGAGUGAAUCUUUACACUCCUGGUAUUGGUUACCAGAUCUUUGGGAACCUGGUUUCAGUGACGCUCGGCCUCACACCUUUCGCGUACAGGCUGGCUCAGUACCGUGACUUGGAUCAGCUGACCACGCUCUCAGCCAAUGAGCUGCUCUCUGUGGCGCUGGGAGGCGGGUCUGGAUCAGACGCCUUGGUCAUCACCAUGGUAACACUCAGCUUCGUGGUGCGCGUUUGCCUCAUAUGGCUCUUCUUCUUCCUGCUCAGCGUAGCAGAGAGGACCUACAAACAGAGGCUACUGUUUGCCAAGCUAUUUGGUCACCUGACUUCAGCGCGCAGAGCCAGGAAGUCUGAAGUCCCCCAUUUUAGGCUGAAGAAAGUUCAGAACAUCAAGAUGUGGCUGUCGCUACGCUCCUACCUCAAGAGACGGGGUCCUCAGCGUUCAGUGGAUGUGAUUGUGUCAUCUGCCUUCCUGCUCACUCUGUCUGUUGUCUUCAUCUGCUGCGCCCAGUUGCUCCACGUCCAUGAAACGUUCCUGGAGUGUCACUAUAACUGGGAGCUGGUGAUCUGGUGCUCCAGUCUGUCUCUGUUCCUGCUCAGGUUCGUCACUCUGGGCUCCGAGACCAGCAAGAAGUACAGCAACACCUCCAUACUGCUCACUGAACAGAUCAACCUGUAUCUGAAGAUGGAGAAGAAGCCAAACAAGAAGGAGGAGCUGACACUGGUCAACAACGUCUUAAAACUGGCUACCAAACUACUCAAGGAGUUGGAUACUCCUUUCAGGUUGUACGGUUUGACUAUGAACCCUCUGCUCUACAACAUCACCCAGGUGGUCAUCCUGUCCGCCGUGUCGGGAGUCAUAUCUGACCUAUUAGGGUUUAACCUGAAGCUGUGGAAGAUCAAAUCAUGACAGUGAAGAGAGAACCAGCGUCGACCUUCACUCUCACUGACUGACUACCUGAAUGCUCGUCUGACUGAUCGAUCUAACGGUCGACUGACUCAAAGACUGAACGUCGGCCUCGACAUAUCGGAGUGCUUUCACCUUCAACGUUCCCACUUUGUGCAAUUACACUAUUUAUUUACCCACUCAGUGUUUUUACUUAGGGUUUAUUUCAAUUGUAGUUUGUUUCAUUUGUGUGUUCCACAACACAAAACAACGCGUUGUUAUUUUACCUGUCUACAAAAAGUGUUAGUAUUAUUAAGCAUAAAUUAUGUUUAACGUGAUGGUUUAGGUUCUCAGCUGCGUUUCCACCAGUUCAGUUUUCAUUUCAGCUCAACCACACAUUUGAAGGUGAAGUUCGGAGCUGCCGACGGGACAACAAUCAUUCAUUGUCAUUUUUGUGUUCUUUUUUCUUAAACUGAAAGUUAUUAUUUAUAUGUUGAGCACAUUUUGAAACAAAACUUCAAACUCUGUUACGACCUUAAAGUCUGUUUUAAAAAUACAUGUGUUAGUCCAGUGGUUUUCUUCAUACAGAAAAGAAAUUGGAAUUAGUCGAGGUGACUCUCUAGUUUAAACGCAAACUAAUGGUUACAGUUUAAUAAAUUAUUUUGUAGAAGACGCUUUAAACCACAGAGUAUUCCUGGCAUUUAACAAACCUCUACUCGUACCAGCUCCCAGGUGUAAGCGCUUUUUAAUAAUUACAUUUACAUAUCUGUUAAUGGAUGUUAACAUCACCGUUCUGCAGGUGACGUUUUUAAUCUGCUGACUUACUUGAGAUAACUGUUCCCAGGUUUUGUUCUCACCAGGAGAGGCGCAAUGCCAGAUGACAUCAGCACUGCAAAGACACAAUCAUCCAGUUAAUGGAAAUAAUAGAACGUGGAGAACAGGUGACAUUUACAGAAAACUCUGAAGUUUAAACUGAUUUUUCUUUUCUUUUUUUAGUUUUAAUUUCAUGACCCUGAUACCUGGGUUUGACAGUAUUUCCAGUAAUAACGUGUGUACUGUAGUCUCACGUCCUCACAGAAGACGAUCCGUUAUUGAUUUCCGUUAGAGCGUGACAACUUCUAACUUUGGCCUAUUUGCUGCAGGUGAAACAUCCUAAAUUAGUAAACAUAAUCACUUCCUUUAGCUUCUGAUUAGCUCUGAUCACAUGCAGUUUUCUUGUUUCCUUGAUGAUCCUGAUUCAUUGUUUGUGUAAAUUUACACAGAUUUUUUUUUUUUUUCCUGGAAGUCAAGGAUCCUUCUUUGAUAGGCCAUACCUUCAAGGAAGGAUCCUACAGAGGCAAGGCAAGAGUCCUUCCUAGCAUUCGAUAAACACACAUUGGAACAGGCUAACGAGUGUCCUCAGGUGUACAUCAUUAACCUUCUGGGGAAUUGGGGGGGGGGGGGGGGGGGGGGGGGGGGGGUUUCUGGGUACUGUGAUAAUUUCGGCACUCUCUAAUGUCGAACUAUUUAACCUCCUGAGACCUGAACUUUUGUGUGGUAUGCCUUUUUAAUUUCUCCUAGCUAUUUGGGAUCAGUAGGACCCGAUAAAUAUAAAAAACGAAACAUUGUCAACGAUAACAAAGUCCUAGUGUCUUCAAACGAGUACUUCCUAAUUAACAGCGUCUUAUUUUGUUACUGUUGCUAAAUUUGGUCAAAUUUGUUGCCAUACCAAACUGCAAACAUAGUUAAUCAUAGGUAAACAAGUUUAAAUCGUAAAAUGUUUCUACAUGGAUUAGUGUAUUGUGCUCUUACUGCCACUAGAUGGCACAAAAAAGUGUCCACAAACGAGGACAACAGGUCUGAGUUAAGUAGAAUGAAGUAUACGGUCAAGUAAACCCAAAUGUGAUGUCCUCAUAUGAAGACACAGGGUCUCGGGAGGUUAAGCAGUGUUUUUAUUUAUCCAGAUAAAUGGAUAAUAAAUGGUGAAAGUUUCAUUGAAGAGGCCCUGCCUUCACUUCCAGCAAAUCGUGCGCAAAGAACUGUGGGUACUUUAUACCCGCUGAGGAUACACACAUGCAUCCUUGAACAUUCUCUAAAGGAAGGUCUCUGUCCUUGGUAGAAUUGAAGGAUGCUUGACACUGGAACUGUCCUUCGGCGGGAUUUGAUGACGUAGCAUCCUUGAAAUUCAGCCAUGUAAGGAUCCUUCCUUGACUUUGAGAAACACCCCGUGUCUGAAAUCACUCCUUACUUACUGCAUUUCUUGUUCACCAUUUUGUUUGUCUGAAUUCUGAGUGACACUGUUGCUUUAUACAAAAUCCAACAAGGGAUUGUACAUUUUUGUUACACGUGCGCAAAAUGACUGCAGUUUGUGUCGUAAAUGAUGGAUUUAUAAGUGUCCGAAAUAUGAGUUUACAGUAAAGUAUUGGGUCUACAAGAAACAGUGAAUGAGUAAACAAAGGAGUGAUUUUGGAUACAGUUUAUUAUUCUAUUCUAAAGCAAAUAAUAAUAAUGUACAACACCACAUUUACUUGGCUAAAGAAAUACAUUUAAUAAUAAUUCAAUUUAGCUUUUUGGAACUCCUGUCAAAAAGGAAUAUUUUAGUAUUGUGGCUGUGCUGCAGUUUAGUUGAACACCUUCAAAUGUAAUUAUAAUAUAUCCCGCAUAUCAUAACAGCUCGAAGAGUUUAAGUCCUGGAAAAUGUUUUGGACUGUCUGGUCAGAUAGUGUUGGUCAACGGUAGACUGAUUCGUCAUGGUGGAUCUUAUAUAGAAUUUGAUAUCAAAUUCCCAGAGCUAAUUAAUUUGUAGAUUUGUGUGCAUGACAAUUGGCACUGAUCAAAAUUAAAAGUUAGCCACUGCAGUUAAAACAGGUCGGAACGUGAAUGAAAAUAUGCACUUUAAAAACAGAUUUAAAAUGGAAGAAUAGAAGUUACAUCUUGUUUGAAUGUCAAAGAGAUUUUUUUUAUUGUACCUCACCUGCUUGACACAGUACGUGUUUGCUGUUCAACAGAAUGCGAGCUCUGAACUUCAGAAUAUUGUAUCGACAAUUCACAUCACACCCUGAAGUAGAUCCCAAAUGGUACAUGAAGUUAUACCCACAGAAACUAUCUUCAAUGUGAUUAAAACGCUGUGGUUGCCUCAGUUAACGAGUUAGCAUCAUGCUAACUGAAACUAACUUCAUUAUUCAUAAAAAAUGCUAGCAUAAUCAUCUUCAGUGUGUUUGAGGAGGAAGACCAAAGUGCUUAUUUUACCGUUUGUUUUUGUUUGUCUGUGCUGAAAAAAAAAAAAAAAAGAAUGUAUUUGCAGCAUCAUGCUUUAAAAAUAUGUUUCCCUUUGGAAAUACUUUAAGUUGUAUUAUUGUGUACUUUUUGGCAUUGUGCUUUUUGUUCUUUCGUCAUUCAUUUGUAAAGGUUGUUUCUCAAGCUCGUCGGAAAGAAGAGGCACGUUUUACUGUUUUUAAGGAACAAAUAAGUUUGAAAUGUAUGUUUGAAAAUGAAUCUAGGUAAAGGACUCUAUGUUGUGAUUCUGUUUUCAAAGAGUCUGAAUAUUUAGAUUUUUUUGUGAACUGGUCUGUCCACAAGGUCUACAUUUUUAUAAUAAAAAUUAAAAUAAAUGGA